AUGCAGUGGUUGGGCAUGUUGAUCCCGAUCUGGGCCGUAAUCGACCUUAUCAUCCUCGUUGCAGUGCAUCGACCACCUAAUCCCGCGGCCUUCUGGGUAGCCGUCACGUUCUUGCACAUAGUGCUUGAUCUCAUCGGUGUUCCUUGUGCGCUCAUCUACAUCGGGCCCCUCGCCUACCAGUCGUGCCCCGGCAUCACCGUGGCGGGCUUCUUGGCAUGCUCUGGCGUCCACGCCUUGGUGGCCCUGGCGUGGCCGGGCGCCUACAUCGGGGGCGCGCUUCAUCUUGGAUGCGCUGCGCUGCUGUCAAUGGGCUGGCUCCGCUGCCAGCAGUCGAUCCAUAGCGAAAUCUGCUUCGGUGGGGGAUUAGUGUAUAUGACACCUUACAUCCGGGCUUCAAAGCCUCGGGCGUACCGCUACGGCUAA